AUGGACCCCGCGCUCGUAGUACGACUCUACCCUUCCCGCCCGCUUGCCCUAGCUAACUCCCAAAAGGACAUAGGCGCCGGCGCCAUCGCACAAUUCGCAAACAGCAAGUAUUACGACAAGGUCUACGACAGGAUCCCAAACCCCAAGAAACGAUGGUCCAAGUACAGGCAAAGGCGCAAAUCGGCUGGCCAGGCAGAUCAGACGCGGCAACAAGACGACCGGUACAAUUACGGCUAUGACGGGAACUACGAUGAAGAUUAUGACUACACUCAUGGCGACUCGCGCAGGCCAAGAGGGAGAUCUAGGCGGGAACAGAACCGUGUGGACCGCUACGACCGCUACAGCACCGAUGGUCGCCCGCAAGACUACUAUCGAGAGACUCCGCGCAGCUACAGGGAUGAUCGCCAGGAUCGGGAGCUGGUACCGUACCGCCCGCUUCCGCCUCGCACCGAGUACAAUCGCCGCGCUCUUUCAGCCAGCGGUCUGCACGGUGGUCGCGCGCCCUUCACCCACACCGAUGACUAUUCCGAGGAUGAGGACGACAUAAGCCGCUCCCGCAGGGAUUUUACGCGCGCCUACGUCGAAACCGAGGCCUUCAAUGACCCAGACGCCGACGGUCCCAGCACGCCUUCCGAGGCUUACAGUGGACGACGUAGCAGCAGUAUCCGCAGCCAUGCGAGCCGCAGGAGCCAUGCCCAAGACACCUACGACAUUGUCCGCUUCAGAGACCAGCGGGAUACUUAUGAAUAUCCACCAGCCCAAGAUCUGCCUGCCGGCGGCCGUAUGAAAUCCGCUGACGAAUACUUUCCACCGCCGUAUCCAUAUCCGCGGACGACACGUGCCAUGUCUGUCCGGGAAGGCGCUGCUCCUAUCCAGAGAACGCGUGCAGAGGGAUAUCGCGGCAGUUGCUCUGUUCGGGACACCUAUUCAAACGCUCCUCCUUACGAACGUGAAACUCGCCGCCAUGAUAGCGUUCGCAGCUCGACAUCAAGACGCCGCCGGCGUAGCAAAUCCCCCUACGGCAGCGGCGUCGCCUCCGCUGCCGUGGGUGCCUUGGCUGGAGGAUUCUUAGGAACCGAAUUGACCAAGGGAGACACUUUGGCUACCGUCGCAGCUGCUGUGGUUGGUGCGAUGGGCGCUCACGAGGCAGAGAGGAAAUACGAAAAGUUUGAGCAAAAGAGGCAGGAGAGGAACGAGCGGUCGAUCUAUGACGAUGAUGACGAUUACUACCACGACCGCAGGCAAAGGAGCCGUUGA